AUGGCUACGCUCGAGCUGCACGAGAGCGCAGUCGGUGCACCCAACCACGGCUCGCACACGCUCGCUGCUGCCGUCCUCGACUCUCGCCCCGUCCUUGUCGCCGCCGUCGGAGCACGAGUCGACCUCCUCGACGAGAACUGCAAGCUCGUGCACGCGCUCCCUCUCGAGCACGCGUUUCCGGGUCGGACGGGCGACGAUCAAGUCGAGGCGGUCGCGGUGGAUGGCCCUUCAGCUCAGAUUGCAGCUGUCUCGAACCGGCGGGUCGCCGUGUGGUCGACCGGGCGAGGCGGCACCUGGAGGGUCCACUCGAGCUUCGUCGUGCAGCAUGACGUGCGCGCGCUCGACUUUGUCCAAGGUCACCUUGUCGUCGCAGGAGACGGCAUUUCGCUGUGGGCGCUCGACCAGGCGUCUGCGCUCCCGACCUGGGCCAAGAUUGGCUUCUUUCUCUCGACAACCCCUGUUUCCCUGACUCGUCUCUCGCCAUCAGCUCUCGUCCUCGCGACGGUCGCUGCAUCCAGCAGCACGGUCCUCCUCCACAACAUCGUCCCCAAGACGACGGCGACGCCUAACCGCCUCGAGUUCCGGUCGCGAGCUGCGCACUCGAUCCGCAUCCGCAACGUCUCGUGGCGAGCGAGCGACAACCUGUCCGAUUCCGGCCCCGUCCUGUUCACAGAGACGGUCGACGGCGUGUUCCGCAUCUGGGGCUGCGUCAUCGACGAGCCCGACUUCUUCUCCCUGUGGACCUCGCUCGACGUGCACACGGCGCUGCCCAAGCAGGUGCCGCUCGCGACGUGCUACUGGCGCACAAAGGAGACCGAGGCGGGCAAGGGCACGCCGCGAGGCGGCACCGAGGACGAGUUCGUCACCGUCUUCAUCGACGGCUCGGUGCACCUCACGACCGUGUCCAACUUCGACUGCCGCCCUCCCGCCUGCCUCGUCCAGUCGACCUCGACCCUCCAGCAGCACGUCUUCUCGCCGACCCAGCUCGCCAACUUUCGCCACACGUACCUCCUCCCGUCGCGUAGCGCGAGCAACGCGUUCCACCUCGUCGGGCGCUGCGCACGCAGUACGCUCGUCCACGCUCGCGCGACCGUCCCGUCGUCGGCGCUCGUCGCGGCGUCGAUUAAGCAGCACGCGUUUCACGACGAGGCGCGCAAGCCGCCCAUCAGCGUCGUCGGCAAGGUCGUCCAGGUGCGGUCGACGCUCGGCGGGGCGGCGGCACUCGUCGUUGGCGAGGGAGGGAGGGUCCAGAGCUGGACGGUGGACGAGGACGAGGCCGCCACCGAGGCGUACGUCGCCGAGGCGGGCAUCGCGCAAGACGCUCUCGUCACAACAUGGCUCGAUGGCCGCAUGUUCGCUGUCGGCUCGGGUCGCAAGCUCAGCAUCUUCAAGUUUCGCCGGUCAGGCCGCCUACGCCUCUUGACGACCACCUCCCUUCCAUCCACCAUGCCCACUCGCUCCUUCGACCGCGCCCUCGCCUUCUUCGUCGCUCGAGCCCGCCCCGACUCGCUCUCGACCACGAUCACGGCCGUUCUCGCCGACGGGUUCGCCCUCGACUGGGUCUACGACCACAAGCUCAAGACGCUGUCGCCCACGGGCGAGACGCACCUCGGGCCGGCGACGUCAUCGUCGACGAGCGCGAUCAAGCUCGUCGUGCCGCUCCCGCCGGCAGGCGACGAUGUCGACGCCGUCGCGCUCCUCGCGAUCGACGAGCAGGGGACGAUGCGCAGGUGGGUGACGAGGCUGAGUGAGCCGGGAGAAUCGUGGGCGCGAGAGGGCGAGGUGAGGACGGGCCUGAGGGGGAUCGACAAGGUCGCGAGCGGCGUGGACGGGACCUCGGCUGUCGUGUCGAGAACGGGCGACAAGUGCCGCCUGUCGAUCUGGGACCCAAAGGCGUCCGAGUUCAGCUCCGGCGAGCAGUUCUGGAUGGACCUCGAGGAGCCUGUCGUCGCCAUCGAGUGGUCGCCCGACGGCCAGACGCUCGCCUUCGCGACCGAGCACGAGGUGUCGCUCAUGAGCGCUCAACUGCUCAACGACCUGAGCGGCGCACCUGGCUGGGCGACCUACGCCAACAUCCGCAUCGACACCGUCCUUCCCGCACCCAUCUCGACCCUCGCCUGGCUCGGCUCCAGCCUCAUCCUGUCGGCCUCGGACCACCUCUUCUUCUACUCGUCGCGCCUCUCGACCGGCCUCGACGCACACGGCCUCGCCGCCAGCCGUUGCGCGCCUUUGCCGCUCCACCACCCUCAGCUCCUGUUCCAGGCGCUCCUCGAGGGCCACUUCGACGCCGUCGUCCGCAUCUUGUCGGGCCUGGCGGCCGAGUUGACGCACGACGGGACCUUGACGCCUGUGUCGGCGCGCGAGAAGCCCGAGGUGCUCACGCUCGACGCCUUUUUGCGGCAUCCGAGCGUGGGAUCGAAGGGCGAGGCCGCCAAUGACGUCUUCUCCGCCCUCACGACCUCGGACGAGCGCGAACCGUCGAGCCCGCAAGUGCACCUGUCGCAGGACGACAUCACGAGCUUGGUCGCCGCCCUCAAGAAGCGGGCGAUGCGCGGCCUCAGCAAGCUCGAGCACGAGCACCUCGCCGUCGUUGCCCAAACGGUUUUCGAGACCCAGACCCGCACUGGCUCGAUCGACGACAACGGCCUGCGCUACCUCGUCUCGAUGCGCUCGUUCUACCUGUACCGCGACUCGUGGCCGCCCUCGCCUCCUUCCUCGACGCCGUCCGACGGCCACGCCGGCCCCUGGAUCCUGCGCCUCAAGUACCGCGACAUGGUGUGGGCCUUUCACAGCGAGGGCCAGGACCUGCUCCUCGACGAGAGCGUCAAGACGGCGGGCGGCAAGCUCACGUGGGCGACCGCAAGGACGCUCGGCCUCGCGCUCUGGGUCAAGCCUCAAGAUAUGCUCGUCCGCACGAUGGAAACGAUCGGCCGCACCGAGUUCACGCGCGAUCCCGACGACCGCGACCCGAUCACGGCCAUGCUCUUCUACCUCGCCCUGCGCAAGCCGCACAUCGUCCGCACGUUCUGGAAGCAGGCGACGGGCCACGGCGACCAGCGGCAGAUGCUCAAGUUUCUCGAGAACGACUUCGAGCUCGCCAGGUGGCGCACGGCGGCUAACAAGAACGCGUUCGUGUUGCUCAGCAAACAGCGAUUCCUCUUUGCCGCCUGCUUCUUCCUCCUCGGCAACAGCCUCAAGGACGCCGUCAGCGUCAUUCUGCGGCAGCUCAACGACUUUCAGCUCGCCGUCGCCGUCGCGAGGACGCACGAGGGCGGGACGGACGGCCCCGUCUUCCGGUCCAUCCUCGAGGACACGGUCAUCCCGCGCGCUUUCGAGCGAGGUCAUCGAUGGCUCGGCAGCUGGGCGUUCUGGGUCAUCAAUCGGCGGGACCUCGCAGUACAAAUCAUCGUCACGCCUCUUUCGCAGCUGUCCGCACGCCUGCCGUACCGCGUCACGCAGGUGACGCAGCCGCCGCGCGAGGACCCGGCGCUCCUCUUCCUCUUUGCCCAGCUGCGCAGCUGGUCGCUUCAGACGGUCAAGGGCGCUAUCGCCGUCCCAGGCAAGACCGAGUUCAACUUCGUCCUCCACAUCUCGCGAAUCCUCUGCCGUAUGGGCUGUCACGUCCUCGCCCUCAACCUCCUGCGCAACUGGCACUUCCUCCCGGCGACCAUCCACUCGUCCUCCGACACUCGUCCUUCCCUCCGCCACGCUCUGCGCCGCUCCUCACUCCUCCUCGCCUCGACCAAGCUCGACCUCGACCUCCCGCCGUCCAACCUGCCGAGCCGAGUCGCGUCGCCCGCACCGCCGUCGACCGCCGAGGACGACGAGAAGGAGCGGCAGAAGCGCCAGUUCCGCGAGGUCGUCAACACGGUCAAGGUCGAGGCCAAGGCGCCGGCCGAGUUUAGCUUUGACGCGUUCGCCUUCUAGCAGCUGGGCGAGGUGGAAUCGAGCGAGAUCUCUCAGCAAC